AUGUCCCGAUCUUCCUUGGAUGAUCUGGAGAGUCAUGAACCUCAUGAUCGGCUGUUACAGAAUGCUUACGACCAUCUCAAGGACUCGCAAGAUUGGGAAACACACAUUGAGCGAUUCUCGAGGCAUAUAAUUCCCAAAUACAUGUUUUCCAUUAUAAUUGCGUCCCUCUCACUCAACGUUCUUCUGAUUGUCUCAUCUCUUGGCCUGUGGGCGACAACAAGAUCACCCUUACCUCCCUGGCCGGACACUCUCUAUUCUCCAGCGCAGAGCGCAGUCGAGUACGAAAUAGUUACUUUCAAUUCAGACUUCCCUGAAGACCACUCGGGAACUACAAACUUCUAUGGCGCAUCUCCAAAAGCAGAAGAGGCUUGGAAGAAUUUAAUGAAGCCAUAUCUGGUUAGGAUAUCUGGCCAAGAGGCAUCACAAUUGUCCCAUCCUACGUCGCAGAUCUCCAGAGAUCCAGACUACUACAUUACCAGUCUUGAUGUAUACCACCAACUGCACUGCCUCAAUGAUAUUCGAAAGAUGGUAAGGGACUUUAACUCGACAAAGGGAGGUCUGGGGAGAUUGCAAACCAUGCACAAGUUUCACUGCAUUGACUCUAUUAGACAGAGUCUUAUAUGCAAUGCUGACUUGAGUUUGAUACAUUGGUAUUGGUCACCUCAGGUUGGGAAAAACUUUCCAAAUGCCACCACGACGCAUAUUUGCAGGAAAUGGUCAUCAAUUGAAGAAUGGGCGAUGGAUCACAGGCUUGAUCAAGAUGACUAUGAUCCAAAGGCGCACAUUCAGUAA